UCGACUUAACGUUAAAACCUCACACGACAAUGUUCUAGAUGUUUAUGAACGAGUGAACUACAGAAACCAGUCAUGGGAUUCGGGGAUAGUAGUCAGGGAUUUGACGUCAUAGCGGAAGACGGGUCAAGUGGGAAGUACAAGAACGGAAAUGAUCGAAAAGUUUACCUGUUGGCGGCGUUCGCUAUCUGUGUCGCAUUUGUGGUCGGGCUGCUUAUCGGUCAUUACGCCAUCAAGAAGACCACCGACGGCAGCGCAGACGUGGCGGAUGGUGGAUCAACACUUCCAGUAGUUGGUGGAACCACGACGGCCCCGACACAGCCGUCACCGACGGCAUGUAGCAGCGCCGCUCCUCAGGUGACAUCACAACUCCCAUCUACCAUGGUUACAGACGCGGAUACCACUGGUGCACCGGAAACACCCACUCAACCGCCGUCCGCGGCAACGACCACAGAAAGGCCAUCAGGCGUGUUUCUGGAGGGAGUGUCUGAGGCAAUCAUAAGGGAAGCGGAUCCAACUAUUACAGAUAUUAUCUUAAACGAGAUCAAUGCAACAAACAUUCGAGAAAAUCUGAGAGGGCUUAUAGAAAGUCCGCAUGUUGCGGGCACGGAGAGGGAUUUGGAGCAGGCUGACGGGUUGAAAGAGUUCUGGUUGGAAAACGGCAUGGACGCGGCCUACACGACGCCCUACACCGUCCUCCUCUCCUACCCCAGUGACACGCAGCCAAACAUGAUGCGCCUCUAUAGCGGGGAUGCCACCAUCCUGGAGACAGACGAAAACGAGACUAAUCUUACGUCCGAGGAACGACCCUGGGAAUUCCCCUUCCCAUAUCAUGGCUAUUCCGGCAAUGGAACUGUGCAGGCUGACGUUGUGUAUGUGAACUAUGCGCGUGCUGAGGACUUUGUCAUGUUGAAGUCCAUGGGCGUGAACGUAUCCGGGAAAAUCGUUCUGUGUCGGUACGGCAUGGGCGGGCGUUCUGGAAAGGCCAGUCGGGCGGAGGAGCACGGUGCUGUAGGGGUGAUCAUGUACUCGGACCCAGCAGACUACGUGGCCGCCUGGGCGACGGACGCCUAUCCGGACUCAAUAUGGAUCCCGGAAACUGCCACCUCCCGCGGCAGCAUUUUCUCCGGCACCGGGGAUCCCCUUACUCCUGGAUACCCAUCUAUAGACUCCGCGUUCCGGUACGGGGAAACGGACGAUGAGGUGGGACUUCCGGGUAUCCCAUCCAUGCCAGUCAGCUACGCCUUCGCGGAGAAACUCCUAAGGCACCUUGGUGGAGAAGCGGCCCCGGAAAGCUGGAGAGGUCGACUGAACGCCACCUACACUCUCGGGGGCACAUUCGUAGAAGAGAAUGUGACGGCAGAGUUAAGCGUGCACACGUACAACGAACAGAGAGUCACUUACAACGCGUUCGGUGUGAUCCACGGAGAAACGGAGCCGGAUCGGUACGUGUUACUGGGAAACCACAGGGACUCGUGGGUACUGGGAGCCAUCGACCCCACAAGCGGCACGGCCACCAUGAUGGAGCUCUCAAGGGUCCUCGGAAACCUUGUCAAACAAGGUGUAUGGCGUCCAAGGCGGACCAUAAUCUUCUGUAGCUGGGGCGCCGAGGAGUUCGCUCUCAUUGGGUCGACGGAGUGGAUCGAGGAGAACAGCAAAACCCUAGAUUUCAGAACGAUAGCUUAUAUUAAUAUGGACAUUGCUGUAACUGGUAAUUACUCAAUCAGAGGGCUCGGAAGUGCCCCCGUGUUCUCGGCCAUGUAUCGCGCUGCACAGAAGGUUCCCUCACCCAACGCAGAUGACGGCACCACAGUGUUCGAAGAGUGGGUUGCACGAAAGCCCGUGCGAGACCCAGCCAGUGGCACAGACCUGGGCAUCCCACAGAUCAACAGCCCUGGCGAAGGAAGCGACUACGCCACGUUCAUGCAGCGGGCCGGGAUCACCUGCGCGGAUUUCAGAUAUGACGAGGACUUCGCGGGUGACGGGGUACUGUUUUACCCGCUCUACCACACCAGCUAUGAAACCUUGCACGCCGUGGAGCAUCUUAUUGACCCGGGGUUUAAGCUGCACGCAGCUAUCGGGAAGCUGUCCGGGGAGUUGCUGCGGGAUCUGGCGGACUCCAAAAUCCUGCCCUUUAACAUGACAGACUACACCAUGUACCUCCAACACUUCGUGCAAGUUUUCAAGACCAACGCCUCCAAUGAGACUACCACGUAUAACCUCAACAUCACGGAGCUGGAUCGAGUCAUCUCACUGUAUGAUGAGGAAGCGAAUAAAUUCCAUUCUGCGGUUGAAACAGAUAUAAACCCAAACAAUCCACUCGAUGUUCGGCGAGUAAACGACCAGAUGAUGCAGAUAGAGAGAGCCUUCCUCGACCCCGCCUCCCUGCCCGGCAGAAAUCACCUUUACAGACACCUGAUCCAUUCUGGCACGCACCAUUCCGUGUUUCCCUCCAAGAGUUUCCCGGGUUUAGAAGACGCAAUUUUCCACGUCCGCUUGCAGAAAAACGAAGAAAAUAUCCGAGCGUUGCAGCACCAUUUCUCCGUGUUGGUGUUCACCAUCCAGGGAGCAGCCAACAGUUUAAGGAAUGCUACAGCAUUUCUUCGCGAAACCUCAUGAAAGACAUCAAAUAUGUUAAUUGAUAAAUUGGGUUUCAAUAAUCAUUGCAUAUGUGAUAUUUUUUUAUCAUUGUACACGGAUUAAGCAUUCAUUCAAGAUGUCGUAUGCACUUAUAAUAUUAACAUUGUAUACAUGUUCAUGUUCAUAAUACUAUACAGUUCAUAUAUA